AUGGGAACGAAAUGGUGCAUCUUGAGCGUGGACUUAUCUGCUGAACAAGACGUCUUUGAAGCGGCACUUAGCUCGCCUAAAGGAAGUGUGCACUUUGUGCGCCCAAAUGCCAGGCUGUACCGGAACACCAACCAUUCUGUCUGCAUGCCUUUUAUCUACAGAACCCGAGCCGUAUCUGAGAAUGUUCCCCGGAAUGCUUCUAUUGACGCAUAUAGCAAAAAAUCUCGAUCGGCUGGAGCGGAUGAUACCACUAUCACUCACAUUAUGGUAUUUCCAACCAGUGCAGGCAUUCAGCUUGGUGCUGCUGAGCAACAUGCUGGCGGUGAUGACGAGUGGGAUAUGGACCUUGUUAUGGAUACCUUGAUAUGGAUAUCAUUCCCACAAGAUGGGAAUGAUAUCAAUGACGAGUUCAUGCUAGGAAAGUGCUUCGCAGAAGUUUUGAAGGAGAUACUGAAACACGGAAUGUUGAAGGUAACACCUACCAUUCGUUCUCUACCAGCAUCGUUUGGAUUUGGCUGUUUUGUAGCGAAAAAUGGAAGUGGACAUCUCAACAAGGCCAUACCUCUUCAACACAUAUGGGAUGUUGUGCUGUUCUUUUACGGUUCGAAAAGCGGACGAGAAUUAGAAGAUGCACCAGUUAGGAAACUGAGUCAGUCCUUCAAGUUGGAAAAUGUGGCUGGUAAAAGCAUAACUUCGAAACAGAUUUUGCUGACUACAAUAGAGAACAUUGUGUCAUCGCACGCACGUCUGCGUCGAUCCAAAGAUGCUCAAUGGAAAGCGUUUGUAUCUGCUGCCAUGAACGAGAAGAAACUUCCUGCAUGGCUUCGGUAA